AAUGGCAGAAAUUAUGGAAGAAGAUAAAGUAACCAUCAAAGAAGAAAUCUGUACUGUAGAGGAUACAUGUACUGUGUAUGUAGCGGAAGAAGAUAUAAAAGAGGAAAUUACAGAAAAUCAAAUUAAGGUUGAAAAUAUCAAGAUUGAAUUAGAUCCCCUGUUCUCUGAACAAAAGAGGCUUGAAAUGAGGAAGCUGGGAGAUAAAAGUUAUCCCUGUGGAAAAUGUGAUUUUGUGGCAACUAAGUCCCGUAAUUUGAAAAGACAUAGAAGAAGUAAACAUGAAGGAGUGAGAUAUUCCUGCGAUCAGUGUGAAUACGCUGCUACUGAAGUUCAGAGUCUGAAGUUACACAUUGAAUCUAAACACAAAGGAGUGAGGUAUCCAUGCGAUCAAUGUGAGUACGCUGCUACUACACCGGGUAGUCUGAAGAAACAUAUUGAAAAUAAGCAUGAAGGAGUGAGGUAUCCCUGUGAUCAGUGUGAAUACACUGCAAUUGGUGUACAGCGUCUGAAGUUACACAUUAAAUCUAAACAUGAAGGAGUAAGAUAUCCUUGCGGUCAAUGUGAAUAUGCUGCAACUAACCAAAGUUAUCUGAAGAUUCAUAUCAAAAAUAAACAUGAAGGAGUGAGAUAUCCUUGUGAUCAAUGUGAAUACGUUGCUACUGGUGUACAGAGUCUAAAGGUACACAUUGAAUAUAAACACAAAGGAGUGAGGUAUCCGUGCAAUCUAUGUGAGUACGCUGCCACUACAAUAGGUACUCUGAAGAAACAUAUUGAAAGUAAGCAUGAAGGAGUGAGGUAUCCCUGUGAUCAGUGUGAAAACGUUUAUACUGGUGCACAAAUUCUGAAGCUGCACAUUGAAUCUAAACAUAAAGGAGUGAGAUAUCCCUGUGACCUGUGUAAUUACGUAGCCAACAAAGCAAAAAAUCUGAAGGUUCACAUUGAGAGUAGGCACCAAGGUGUUAGAUAUCCCUGUGGCCAGUGUAUGUAUGCUGCAACUCAUCAAAGUAAUCUGAAGAAACACAUUGAAAAAAAACAUCUAGGUGUGAGAUAUCCUUGCGAUCUGUGUGAAUACGUUGCGACUGAAGUAAAAAGUCUGAAGUUGCACAUUGAAUCUAAUCAUGAAGGUGUGAGAUAUCCAUGCGAUCAUUGUGAGUACGCUGCCACUACAGAAAGUAGUCUGAAGAUUCAUAUCAAAAAUAAACAUGACGGAGUGAGAUAUCCAUGCGAUCAUUGUGAGUACACUGCCACUAUAGACAGUAGUCUGAAGUUGCACAUUGAAUCUAAACAUGAAGGAGUGAGAUAUUCUUGUGAUCAAUGUGAAUUCGCUGCAACUGACCCAAGUAGUCUGAGGAGACAUACAAAAACUAAGCAUGAAGGAGUGAGGUAUCCCUGCGAUCAGUGUGAAUACCUUGCCACCCAAUCCUGUCAUUUAAAAGCACAUAAGAAAAGGAAACAUUAAUUAAGUAGUAGUUUGCAUUGUAAACUUCAAAUUUUCUUUUUCCUCAUUUAUUUUGAUCAUUCCAGCCUUCCAGGGGGGACGUCUCCAAAUUUAUACCUGGGAGAUAAGGAUUAAAUAAAUAUCUUUGUGAUCAAUGUGAUUAAUCUACAAUUUAAACUCAUAUCAAAAGGGAAAAUGAGAAAAUCAAUGAAAUAUCUAUCUAUCUAUCUAGUGACUCCCCAAUAACACAACUGUUACCAGGUAACCACCCCUCCCUGCAACCCAGAGCCCCCUUUUGUGGUGCAUGGAUCACACAGUUAUCAUGACAUGUGCAGUGAGACUGUUAUUCCUGAUUGGCAGUAGCCGAAGCCGUGAAGCUCUGGCUACCAUGGCCUGUAUCUACAGCCUGAUAUGAAAUAAGAAUUUAGUGUUUCCUUUUUAUAAUUUCCUCUGACCCUCUGGCCGGGCCACUGCUCUAUAAACCACCUGAUCUCUGCUACAUAAUAUAAUAUCUCUCUCUGUAGGACAUUUGAUGUGUAGAGUAUACUUGAAAAUUGUCCUACAGAGAGAUAAGGCUAAAUUGUCAAGAUUGAAGAAGAUCCCCUUUUCUCUGAACAAAAGAGGUUUAAAAAGAGUAAACGAGAUGCAAUUUUUCCAAGUGGAAAAUGUGAUUAUGUGGCAACUAAAUCCUUUCAUUUGAAGACACAUGAAUUAAAAGUAAACAUGAAGGAGUGAGGUUUCCAUGCGAUCAGUGUGAUUAUGUUGCUACUGGUGUACAGAGUCUGAAGUUGCACAUUGAAAAUAAACACGAAGGAGUAAGAUAUUCUUGUGAUCAAUGUGAAUACGCUGCCACUACAGCAAGAAAUCUUAAAGUACAAAUUGAAAAUAAACAUGAUAGAGUGAGAUAUCAUUGUUCACAUUGUGAAUACGCUGCCACUCAAUCAGGUGAUCUGAAGAAACACAUUGAAUCUAAACAAAGGAGUGAUAUAUCCCUGCGACCAAUGUGAUCACGCUGCCACUACAGCAAGCUAUCUGAAGAAACAUAAUAUGAGUAAACAUGAAGGAGUGAGAUAUCCUUGUUCCAAUUGUGAAUACGCUGUCACUCAAGCAGGUGAUCUGAGGAAACAUAUUAAAAAUAUUCAUGAAAGAGUUAGAUAUCCCUGUGAUCAGUGUGAAUACGUUGCCACCCUAUCUUAUCAUUUAAAAGCACAUCAAAAAAGAAAACAUAUUGAUUAAGAAGUGCUCUGUGGGUUAAACUUCAAAUUGUCUUAUUUGAAAAAAAAUUUUGUUACAACUUAUUUUUUUAAUUUAUUAAUAAUCUGCCCGGGGGAACGGCCCCAAAAAUACAUGGGAGAUAAGGAAUAGAUAAAUAAAGAUAUAUAGGAAGACGACCUUAAGGCAAUUUUAAGUGUAUUUGAUGUUGGUUA